AUGAGAAGACAAUUAGAAUUUAAUGUUGUUUAUAGGCCCAGAAAUGUUGACAAUUUAUCUGAACAACCACCACCGUGUGAUGUUCGUGUUGUCCACGUGUUCUUUGUACAAUCAAAUUCCAUCAUGAAAUUCAGAAGUUUACUGCAAACUAUCAUUAAAUUAACAUCCCCGACAAUUAUUGUAAUGAAUACGACACUUUUAGCCAUUAAAGUUAUUUUUAUUUAA